AUGAGUCAGGCUAUAUGAUGCUGAUGAUGUUGCUGCCAUUUCAUCAGCAAUUUUUAAAACAUUUCUCCAUCCUUAAAACAUGAAAUUUAAAGGACAAUAUUUAAAAAAUUAAACGUAAGCUAAAUCGAAUGUUCUAGAGUACUGUAUUGACACUUAUUCACAGAGCGAACGAUAAAACAUAGCACAUUCAUUUUACAUACCAAAUUUAACAGAAAAUAUCUGAUUUGUUCAUCGUUGAUUAUCAAUUUUAUAGUAGAAAGAUAAUUACUGGAUUUUCUUUCCGUGGAGAACAGCAUUUGUGUACGCUUAUGCUUUGCCUAGCGUCAUUAUUUUGCCGAGCAUUUUCAAGCAAAAAGACCGUCUCUUCAGCGUCAUGGAGUUCGCUGUUCCCAGCCUCUGAGAAGCACAACCAAAUACUGCGUGGGGAGACAUGGAAGCGAUAUGGCUGUACCAGUUCCGAUUGAUUGUCAUUGGCGACUCGACCGUGGGAAAGUCGUGCUUAAUUCGGCGGUUCACGGAGGGACGCUUCGCCCAGGUGUCUGACCCCACGGUAGGGGUGGAUUUCUUCUCGCGCCUGGUGGAAAUAGAGCCGGGUAAACGCAUCAAACUUCAGAUCUGGGACACAGCCGGGCAGGAGCGAUUCAGAUCCAUCACCAGGGCCUACUACCGCAACUCUGUGGGCGGGCUGCUGCUGUUUGACAUCACCAACCGUCGCUCCUUCCAGAACGUGCACGAGUGGCUGGAGGAGGCGCGGAGCCACGUGCAGCCACACAGCAUCGUCUUCCUGCUGGUGGGCCACAAGUGCGACCUGGAGGCCCAGCGGCAGGUGAGCCGGCAGGAGGCCGAGAAGCUGGCGGGCGCCUACGGCAUGCGCUACGUGGAGACCUCGGCCCGCGACGCCAUCAAUGUGGAGAAGGCCUUCACGGACCUGACGCGGGACAUCUUCGAGCUGGUCAAGCGCGGGGACAUCACCAUCCAGGAGGGCUGGGAGGGCGUCAAGAGUGGCUUCGUGCCCAACGUGGUGCACUCCUCGGAGGAGGUCACCAAGAGCGACCGCCGGUGCCUCUGCUGAUCCCACCCCCUCAGCCCUGUCCUGCCCCACC